AGGCGCGGGGUGGCUGACGGGAGCUGGCUGGGCUGAGGGCCGCGGGGCCGGCGCCCGCCGCGAGCCAUGGGGCUGCCGGCCGCGUAGGGGCCAUGCCGCCCGGGCCCCGGGCCUGUCCCGCUCCGCGCCGGGAUGGUGAACCUGGCGGCCAUGGUGUGGCGGCGGCUCCUGCGGAAGAGGUGGGUGCUCGCCCUGGUCUUCGGGCUCUCGCUCGUCUACUUCCUCACCAGCACCUUCAAGCAGGAGGAGAGGGCAGUGAGAGAUCGGAAUCUCCUCCAGGUUCACGACCACGAUCAGCCCAUCCCAUGGAAAGUGCAGUUUAACUUGGGCAACAGCAGUCGGCCCAGCAACCAGUGCCGGAACUCCAUUCAAGGGAAGCACCUCAUCACGGAUGAACUUGGUUACGUUUGUGAGAGGAAAGAUUUGCUGGUAAAUGGCUGCUGUAACGUCAACGUCCCUGGCACAAAGCAGUACUGCUGCGAUGGCUGCUUGUCCAAUGGCUGCUGCAGCGCCUAUGAGUACUGUGUCUCCUGCUGCCUGCAGCCCAACAAGCAACUUCUCCUGGAGCGCUUCCUCAACCGGGCAGCUGUGGCAUUCCAGAACCUCUUCAUGGCAGUCGAAGAUCACUUUGAAUUGUGUUUGGCUAAAUGCAGGACCUCAUCCCAGGCGAUGCCAAAACAAACAGACAGUUAUUGCCCUUGCUGCUCCCCUCCAUCAGCCAAAGGUGCGACUCUUGUUUUCUGACUGGUCUGAAUGGGGGCCUUCACCCAGCACUAUGAGAUGUCUCCCCGCCAGUGUCACCCAACCAGGAAGGGGUGAGUCAGAGGCUGCCCUCCCGGCUCUCUCAGAUUCCAAACUCCUGGCUCUUUCCUGCUCAGCCAGCUCCCCUCCGGAAGGAAGCUCUGCCCAGAAACAUGCCCGGUUGGCAUUGCUUAGCCUGGGAGCCUCGGUUGGCCCGGAUCCCAAUGCCAUCCACGCUGCCCUUCUUCUGGGCCAUAAAGAUCCUCUCACCCCUGCCUGGCCCUGGCAGGUAAAACAGCGAGACCACCCCAGGUAGUGCUCUCAGUAACGCUUCCUGACAGAGGGCGGCUGCUCUAGCCCCUCAUCUCCAUUAUCCUCUACUUUGUGGCUCUGAUUGGAAUCUUCCAAAUCCAGAUGGGCAAGGAAGGCGGAGCUGUGACUCCAUGGCCGUGGGCUCCCGGGAGCUCCCAGGGAAAGCUUUCCCUAGCAGUCCCCUCAGAUCCUGUGGAUUCUCGCUGUGAACAGUCCAAAACCCAGCCUUGCCUUCAGAGAACCCUGGGCGUGAGUGAGGGUGGGGGGGUGAGUUUAGCGGUAGCCCAGGCUGGCCGGUGGCUCCCUGUCCCCUGCGUGCCGUGAGAGGGAGAUGGAAAAGGAGCAGAAGUCAGCUCGGAGUCAGGCAUUUCCAGGGACAGUUCUGCCCCCAGAGGGGAUCACUUUUUCCUCUUUGGGGGCAACCAUGCGCCCACCACAAUUUGCUUCUUUCUUUUUCUUUAUUACUUUUUAUUUGAAUAUAAUUUUGGGCUUACAAAAAAGUUGCAAGAGCAGUACAAAGAAUUCCCAUAUACCCUUCACCUGGAUUCUCCAAAUGUAAAUGCUUUAUCACAUUUGCUUUAUUCUUUUCUGUUUCUCUCUAGAUAGAUAUAUAGGAGAGAAAGAUGUAUUUUUUUUCAGAACCGUUUCACAGUAAGCUGCAGACAGAACACCUCUUUUACCUCUAAAUACUUCAGUGCGUAUUUCCUAAAAACAAAUGACAUUCUCUUACAAUAUGAUAUCUUACAAUGUAAUUACCAAAAUCAGGUAAUUAACACUGAGACAGCAUUAUAAUCUAAUCUACACACUUUAUUCAGAUCUUGCCAUUUGUCCCUAGAAUGUCCUUUAUAACAAAAGGAAGCUCUGAACCCCAUAUGGCAUUCGGUUGUCAUAUCUCUCAGCCUCUUUCAAUCUAGAAGAGUUCCUUAGUUUUUCUGUCUUUGAAGACAUUGACGAUUUUUAAGAGAAGUGGUCGGUUAGUUGUAGAAUGCCCCUCAGUUUUGGUUUGUCAGAUAUUUCUUCAUGAUUACUUUCAGGUUAUACACUUUCAACUGGACGAUCACAGAAAUGUCCUGCAUUCUUCUCAAUGCCUCCUUAACAAUUUGCCCCAUUCUGGUGAUGGGGUUAACUGUGAUCACUGGGUUAAGGGGUGCCUCUAUAUUUUAAAGCUAAAAACAAAUAGAAAAGCUUGAAUUCUAGUCAUACCCUCUCUAACUCCCAGCUCAGAAGCCACAAAACCCCCCACCACCAAUUUGUUUGCUUACUCAGAAAAAACUUAAUGUAUCAGUUAUCUAUUGCUGCAUAAGAAACCAUCCCAUGACACAGUGGCUUAAAAUAACAGCUAUUUUAUUGCUUAUGAUUCUGUGGAUCAGGAAUUCAGAUGGGGCCCAGUUCUUCAUCUUAUGUGGCUGCACUCUGCUGGGAUCUUGGCUGGGGCUAAAAGAUCCAAGAUGUCCUCCCUCAUCUGUUUGGUAGUUGGUGUUGGCUGUCAGCUGGGGUGCUUGGUUUUCCUCCGUGUGGCCUUUCCAGCAGGAUAGCUUGGGCUUCUUGACAUGGUGAAAAUAGAAGCUGCGAGGCCUCUGAGGGCUGAGGGCUGGAAGCUGACCAGCCUGACUUCUGCUGUGUUCUAUUCUGAGGCCAGCCCUGAUUCAAUCAGAGGGGAGAUAACCCUGCCUUUGGAUGGGAGCAGGGGCAAUGCUGACUGCAAAAGGGCAUGUGAGAUGGGAUUUGUUUGCUCAGCCAUCUUUGGAGAUAGAGCACACCAAGGGUGCCUGCUUACUCACCCAGAAUGUACAAGAGAGCUACAAAUGAGGAACUGGGCAGUCAGCCUUGGCUACGCCUUUGCCAGGGGAAUAUCAGUCCCUACGCUUGGAAUGUUUCGUUUUCACUCUCCUUUUCAACUCUGCAUGAUUCCAAAAGCCUUUCUUGGGCAUCUGUUAUGUAGUGAUAUAUAUGGAGCACCUACUAUGUAUGCAGGGCUCAGUGCUGAGGAUCGAGGCAUGAAACUGAGUUAGUCCUUGAUCUCUGGGAGCUCAUCACCUAGACAUAAAACUGAACUAUAAACAAACCUUUGCAGGUGGUUGUCAAGAAUGUGGGUGGACUCCAGAGAAAGGAGGGGCUAAGUGUGGCUGGGGGCACUGGGGAAGGGACAUAGAAGAGACCAUGCAAGAGCUGACUCAUGAAGAAGGAGCAGAUGGGCAGGCCAGGCAGAGGGGGCAGCCUAGGGUGGGCGGUGGGCGUGUUGGGGAAUUACCCCUACCCAGGAAUGGCUGUCAGCAAAGUAUAGUGGGGCCCAGGGGAGAGUGCAAAGAGAUAAGACUAAGGGGUGAUCACGGACUGAAGUCUACAACCUCCAGUGCUGGUGUUUCUACCUCCUUCCCUUUCUUCCAUCAGAGUGUUUGCCAGCCCAGGUCUAAGUCCUUAACCCUGUAGACUCAGGAGAAUCUCCAUUCAAUACAGACACAGGAUGGGACAAGUGAGGAAGGGGGAAAAGACCUUGUAGAGAAACUUCUUUCAUCUACAUAACUAAGAGCUGGGAAAAUGAGAGAGCAAAUGCAGUCUUGGAGUUUAGGAGUUUGGAAUGGGGGAUGAGAGAAUGGGGGAAAGGAGGGGACAACUUGCAUUUGGUGCUGCUGUGGGGUUUGGACUCCAUACAGUAAGGAUUUGAUUACUAUUUGAUAGCUAGACGGCAGUUCUUUGCAUGCAACUAAGUCAUAGAAGGAGCCAUAUGGGAAGCCAUAAUUUAUAUGGGUUACAUAUUUUUAUAUACAUGUACCAACAGUCAUGAGGGAGGUCACAGCUUUAAAAGGAAUGUAUUCUUGAAAAUCUUUACAUAAUUAAAACCUCAACGGAUUCAA